AACAAGAAGGAACUCAGUGGAAAAGGGAGGGGAUACAGAUUGGAGGACUGCGACUGCACUUUUAAAUUUGGGAGGGAAGUUUAAAAAAAAAGGGGGAAAAGCAGCAGUGAAAUUGGUGAGAUAAAGACAAAGACAAUAAAAGUCACAGUAUUUUUAAUAUAAUGAACACAAGAAAACAAACGCAGAAAAUCAACUCAUUGAAUUCAAAUCAAAGACGAUUGUCUAUAGAAAUGAAUAAGAACACAGACAUGAAUGAAUUAUUUUUGGAGAAAUUUGAUAAUUUAGCUUUAACUGUUAAAAAUUUGUCCAAAGAUUUAAAUAAAGAAUUUAUUAGUUUUAAGAAGGAGAUUAGGGAAGAUUUGAAAGCAAUAAAUCAAACGGUGGACAAAUUAACAAUUGAUGUACAGAAAACAAAACAAAGAUUAGAAAUCUUGGAAUUUAGAAAUGAAAAGCUGGAAAAUGACAUGUCAAAAAUUUUAAAUAAAGGUGAAGAUGAAUUGGAUGCAAGAGCUAUGAUUGAUCUGAAACUAAAAGAAAAGUCUGUUAAAAUCAGAGGGAUUCCAGAGCAAAAAGAUGAAGAUGUUAAUGACAAAUUAAUUGCGGCCAUAGCAAAUUUUAUGAAUAGAGACCCUGAUUCUUUUGGAAAUGAGGUGGACAAGCUCUAUAGAGUGAAUUCUUUAGUUGCAAAACAAAAGGGCCAACCACGGGACGUGUCAGUCCAUUUUGUCCGGAAAAUAGUGAGAGAUAAAUAUUUGAAUUUACAUAACGAAUCCCCUUUUAAAUAUGAAGAUCUGGAACUAAAGGUGAUGAAGGACAUCCCGGGAAGACUUUUGCAGAGAAGAAGAAGUUAUAUUGGUCUAACACAAUUUUUAAGAGCAGAAGGGAUAUCCUACAGGUGGGAUAUCCCAGAAGGCCUUAUUUUUUGGUGGAAGAGAAAAAGAGUGUACAUACAUACCCCUGAACAAGCUAAGAAUUUUUUAAGACAAGUGAAGAAAAAUCAUCAAGUAGGAAAAGAAGGGAAAGACAAGCCCACAAGUGGAGAUCAAACUGGUGAAGGUCUGAGUAAGGAAGAACAAGAAAAGGGUGGUGAAGAAGAAGCUUCUCAAGAGUUAUUAGGUUCAGAGUCAGAAUUAGAAUUUGAUGAUCAAGACCUGUCACAGGAGGAAGAAAGACUGAGCAAAGAAGAACAAAGACAAAGUGGUGAUAAUUGACUAAAUUUUUUGUGCACUGAAUUGUUAAGCUCCCAGUUGAAUUAUCUUCAGAUCUGCUUCAACUAAACAAGAUUAAUUUUUUCUUCCUGCUGGAGAUAUACAACUUAUUUUCAAAUACAACUUAUUUACAUUCUUGUGAUAAUAUAAAUAAAUAAAUAUAAUUAAA